AUGGCGCCGAUUCCUGCUCUGGAGCAUAUCUCCAAUCCUUUGAUCACUCCAGCGCAGCUGCUCAAGUUCAAAAAUGCCGAAGACGAUGAGAGCUCAACCUCAUGGUUUGCCCAGUUUCAACUGACAUCCGCUGCUGGUAUCCUCCUCCGCCUGACGCAGGAAGUCAUCGCACAUGGCACGGUGCUGCUACAGCGGUUCCUAGUCUCUUCCACCCCGAAUGACCGUCGCAGUUUCAGUUCCAGAGACUACUCUGCUGCUGCCAUCUACCUCGCUGCAAAAAUAUCUGCCACGCCGGUCUCACCUCGAUCAGUCAUUAACGUUUACGCAUACCUGACGUCCGAAGCCUCUCCACUGCGAUUUAUCAAUCCGGCUGGAUCCCCCACGGAUGUUGAACCUCGGAGUUAUUUUGUGUCCGAAGGGACGUAUGAAAGAGAGAGACAGCGGUUGUUUGUGUGCGAGAGCAUGAUACUGGUUGGCCUGGGGUUUGACACACGAGUCGCGUUGCCUUACAGUCUGGCCUUUACGUAUAUGCAGGCCUUGGGAGUGUCCACCACCGAGCUAUCCCAAAGAGUCUUGGAGCAUCUGAACGCAGGCCUCCUCUCUCCUCAGCUUCUUUACCUCACUCAUCAACCCAAUGCGCUCGCCGUGGGGGCAAUCUAUCUGGCAGCACGGGAGAUCGGGGUCAAACUCGUGGAGCAGAAUUGGUGGGAAGUGUUUGACGUCGACAGAGAGGACCUGGGCUUCCUGGUUUUGUCUUAUGGAAGCAUGGCCAAUUUCGCCCAAGCCGAGAUGGAGAAGUGGAAGAGCGAGCCCGUUCGACUGGACUGA